CAAGUACGUAUAUAAAUACUAAGCGGCAAGGCUGUUGCAUUUUGGGAUAGAAGGUGGGGAUAUGCAGUGCAGGACACACGUAGCAGAAUAAAACGACCUGUACAAAUAUUGUGCAUUGUUUCCUACCCGCUCCAACACAGCAGGCCUCAUGCAAAUGCGCAUUAUCCCCUAUACAUGCAGCAAGUCACAAGUCAGCGUGCUCUUUAAACAGGCAUUGCGCUAGCCAGCCUCAGACUGGCUUUAAGGACCCUGCUGUCGGGCAGUUCCCGGAUGUGGGCGGUAAGAGCUCCGCCCUUUCCAUGAAACCUUCAGCCGACGAGAGGGAGAGGAGAGUGAGCCGGUGUCCGGGAGCGAUGGUUUUCUACCAGCGACAUGCAAGAAGGAGUGGGAUCCCCAUGUGGUGUUAGUGCCAGUCUGCAAUGCUGGCCUGUCUGCCAGGACCAGGUGACCUCUCUUUUCAGCUUCUUUCUCACCCGCAGAUGAACACUGGACUUCAGAAAUGGGAUACUACACAGAAGAUGAGAUCUGCUCAGCAUCCUACUCCAGCAGAAUUGGAUGCUUAUGCUAAGAAGGUUGCCAACAAUCCCUUGACAAUAAAAAUUUUUCCAAACAGCGUUAAAGUUCCCCAGAGGAAACAUAUCCGUCGGACUGUGAACGGACUAGACACGUCAGGCCAGCGGUACAGUCCGUAUCCUUUGCAGGUCAGCACAAAGACAGGACUGCUGGCUAUUGUUAAGUCCCCAGCUAAAGGGGUUUUAAAGGACUUUGACGGCACCCGAGCCCGCCUCUUGCCAGAGUCUAUGAUGAAUCCUCCCUCGGCUCCAUACGUUGCACCUAGCACUUUAAACCAUCCUCAAGGGCUUACACGCCCCCAGCAAGCCCUGCAGCAUGCUCAGGCCCUGCACCAUGCACAGAACAUGCAGCAGCAACAGACAUUGACACAUUCUCAGAGCAUGCCACCUGGUCUACAGCACCCUUCGACUUUGCAGCACCCUCAGGGCCUGCCUCAGGGGCUGCAGCAUUCUCAGGGUCUGCAAAAUACACAGAACAUCCCUCAACCACAGACACUGCAGCACACGCAAAAUGUGCAGCACACGCAAAAUGUGCAGCACACGCAAAAUGUGCAGCACACGCAAAAUGUGCAGCACACGCAAAAUGUGCAGCACACGCAAAAUGUGCAGCACUCGCAAAAUGUGCAGCACUCGCAAAAUGUGCAGCACUCGCAAAAUGUGCAGCACUCGCAAAGCAUACCACAGACACAGACCAUGCACCAUGCGCAGGGUCUACCCCAAAUGCAACGUCCACAGAAUAUACCACAGAAUCUGCAGCACCAACAGACGAUAAACCAGACCUUGCAACACGCUCAGAAUAUGUCUCAAGCGCUGCAGCAUACACAAGGGUUGCAGCGCCCUCAAAACAUGGGGGCACAACAUUCCCAGAGUAUGCCCCAACAGACGUCUCUACAGCAUGCUACUGGCAUUUCACAUCAGGGUCUCUCCCACCCUGCCAACAACCUCCUGCAGCCAGGUUUACAUGGAGCCCGAAAGAUGCCCGAUGCAGAUGCACCUCCGAAUGUGACAGUGUCUACCUCAACCAUCCCCCUUUCUAUGGCUGCCACCCUACAGCAGAACAGACCCCCCGACCUAGGCAGCAUUGUGCACCAGAUAAACCAGUUCUGUCAAGCUAGGGCUGGCAUUGGCACAACUUCUGUAUGUGAGGGACAGAUUGCCAACCCCAGUCCUAUCAGUCGUAACCUGCUUAUCAAUGCAAGCACUAGGGUCUCCACUCAUAGCAUUCCCAUGCCUUCCUGUGUUGGAACACCUGUAGACCAUUCUGCUGCUGCUGCUAUUUCCUCUGCAGCCUCUGGGAAUAUCCCUAUGGUGAACAUGAGCAGAGUGCCUACUUCAUACCCUGCUGAUAUAAAACCCAUGGCCUGGAACCAUCACCAGCUGGCACAUUUACAACAGAUGUGUGGUGAAACUGCUGUGCAACCUGGGAAACCUCCCCAGAGAGAAAUGAGCGCCCAGGUCUUUCCUGGAAAGGCUUCAUCUUACCCACAAGAACUGUGCAUGAACCAGUCUUUUGGUCUGAAACCCCCUAUUGAGAAACCUACCCCAUCUCCUCCUGUCAAUGGAUUGCCAGGUCCUUUGCCAUACACAAAUGGACACUAUUUCCAGCCACUAUGGAAUAACAUUCUGCCGACCCCAAACAGUGACAGCAUGGGGUCACAGGAUCUUGCCAUGUCUUUUCACGGGGGUCAGGCGGCUGGUGGAUCCUUAGAUUGUGCUGGGGGGACUCACUAUAGAGCUAUUGGGUCUUCCAACAACAUGAUGCAGACCAUGGAUUAUCUGAGCGGAGGGGACUUUCAGCAGUCUUGCUUCCGAGAUGAGAGUAUGGCCUCUAUUGGAAAGGUUCAGAGACCCCCAAUGAGCCGAGCCCCAGAACCAGCGGAUAGCCGAAACAUUCAUGUUCAGCAUCCAGGGUAUAGAUAGGCUACUGUCACUUUUGCAACUAAGAGGGUUUAGUCUUUAUUUGAAUGAUUAGUAAGGCUCUUUUAUCCUUUUCAAUUGGCAAAAUUGUUGUGAUCAUUAUAUGCUAACCUGGCUAUAAGAUGCCGUCAAUGCUUAUAGUUGCUAUCAUACCUUGCUCUGUUCAUAAGAGGGUUUUAAUUUUGUUUAAUAAGGGUUGCGUGUUUUUGUUUUUAUUUUUUAUUGAACCUUGUCAGUAGCUGAACAGUGCUGUAUUGUAUUGCCUUGCAAUUCUUUACUGGCUCCGAGCACUGAAGGGCUUUAACAUGCUGCUUUGUUUUAAUGUGGGAACACUAAGCCCUCCAAAGUGUUAUAUAUAUAUUUUUUUUUUUUCUUGAUGUCCUUUAGAAGUUGUAAGAGGUCGUGCUUUUAAAGUCAGAAUUCCCAGACAAGGCUGAAAAGGUCCUGCACGGCGGUGGCUUUUGAGAAUAGACACUGUAUUUAACCAGUUUUAUUGUAACCUACCCUUUGUAUACAUUAGGAAAGAUUACUGGAUAAAUGCAAACUGAGGGGGAAUAUGACUGUUAAGUGUGUGCAUUAUUGUUGGGCUCCAGGUGACUUAUGUAGCUCGGCCCUCCUCUUUUUAAGCAAUACUGAUUUUUUUGAUUUUUUUUUGUGAGCAAAUUAAUAUGUAGUUUAUUAUCCCCUGUCAUUCAGUUUAUAAAAUCUUUAAAGCUUAUUUUAUGAGCUUGAGGUAAGGGGCUAAUCUCAGGAUCUCUGGUUCUGAUAUACAGCACGCAGCAACCAACACCAACCAAUAGCAUGUGCAAGUUUAUGCUUGUGUCGUUUUCACUGCUACUGGUGGGUGCUUGGAGACCUGUAGGACUUUCCAUUCAUGUGAGUAGGUAUCUGUCUGUAGCUGCAGUUUAAAUGCCUUCUGUGCGUCGCCCCUUAAAGCGUCAUUCCUUUUUGUUUUUAUACUUCUUGUUUUUCAUUUUCUUACACACAGAUGUCCUUGAAAAUUUUCUUCCAAACCACUUCUCAACAAUUACCCAAGUAAUGGUCCACAAGAAGUAAAUGUUUUAACAGCCCGGGUUGCUGCUAAAGGAAACUCUACCCUGCAGUUGUGUUUUAAAAUGGCAGAGAGGAUUAUACGGAGGGAGCUAGAAGAGAAAAUGCAUAUGCAAAAUAGUGCUGGGAAGGGGAAACCGUUUUUACUUCUUUGUUUUCUGAUAAAAU